AAGCGGCGCGUGGUGCCAGAGCUUUGGGCAAUCAAAUCUUAUGGAAGGAGCGAAGGGAGAGGGGCCGGCUGGAGGAGGCGCCAUGGAGAAGUGCGUGGAGCAACCUGGCCAGCAGGACCACCACAUUCGGGAUGGGGACUUUGUGGUGCUGAAGAGAGAGGACGUAUUCAAAGCCGUACAAGUGCAGCGGAGAAAAAAAGUUACCUUUGAGAAACAGUGGUUUUUUUUGGAUAAUGUCAUUGGGCACAGUUAUGGAACUGCAUUUGAAGUAUCUAAUAGUGGGAACCUUCAACCUAAGAAGAUGAUGGAAGAGAUCACUUCAGAAACUAAAGAAGCUGGAAUUGAUAAUCGAAAUAUAGUUGAUGAUGGAAAGUCUCAGAAACUUACUCAAGAUGACAUAAAGGCUUUGAAGGACAAAGGCAUUAAAGGAGAGGAAAUUGUUCAGCAGUUAAUUGAAAAUAGUACAACAUUCCGAGAUAAGACAGAAUUCGCCCAAGAUAAAUAUAUAAAGAAGAAGAAGAAAAAAUAUGAAGCAAUCAUUACUGUUGUGAAGCCAUCUACCCGUAUUCUUUCAAUUAUGUAUUAUGCAAGAGAACCUGGAAAAAUUAACUACAUGCGAUAUGAUACACUGGCCCAGAUGUUGACUUUGGGAAAUAUCCAUGCUGGCAAUAAAAUGGUUGUGAUGGAAACUUGUGCAGGAUUGGUGCUGGGUGCUGUAAUGGAGCGGAUGGGGGGUUUUGGGUCAAUCAUACAGAUGUACCCUGGAGGUGGUCCUGUUCGAGCAGCAACAACUUGUUUUGGAUUUCCAAAAUCUUUCUUUAAUAAUCUUUAUGAAUUCCCCCUUGGCAAAGUGAACAGUCUUCUAAAUGGAACAUUUUCUUCUAAAGCUUUGCCUUCAGAAUCCAUCAGUGUUUCAGUAGAAGAAAACAAUGGCAUUCUUCUUGAUGACCUACAGACUUCUCCAAAGGAGAAAGAAGAAAACAUCGCUGAAGUUAUAGAAAACAACCAUCCUCAACAAGAAACAAUGGAGAUCAUUUCUCAAGAACCAGAAUUCAAGGAGCACAAAGAAAGAGGAAGUAAAAAAGACUAUAUUCAAGAAUUCCAAAGAAAACAAGAACAACAGAAGAAAAGACAGAUAGAAGCUGCUGCUCUAUUGAGUGAAAGAAAUGCAGAUGGUUUAAUUAUAGCCAGUCGAUACCACCCAACACCACUGGCUCUUUCUUUGUUGGAAUUUGUUGCUCCUUCAAGACCUUUUGUUAUCUACUGUCAUUAUAAAGAGCCACUCGUAGAGUGUUAUACAAAAUUAAGAGAAAAAGGAGGAGUUAUUAAUCUCAGGCUAUCAGAAACCUGGCUCAGAAAUUAUCAGGUUCUGCCGGAUCGAAGUCAUCCCAAACUGAUGAUGAGUGGAGGUGGAGGUUAUCUUCUCUCAGGCAUCACUGUUGCCAAUGAUAAACAAAAAUCAGAGUCCUGUACAUUAGAGUCACAAAAAACUGAAGAGCCAACAGCUAAAAAGCGGAAAAUUCAGGAGUCUGACUCAGCCCUUGAAGAUCUACCUUGAUUUUACUUCUAAGGAGUCUUUGAGUUAGCAAUUCACUUACUUAACAUGCCAUUACCAAUUGCUUCUUGGUACCAGAAGAGCAUGUUUACACAACCAUUCUUGGAAACCUGGUUGUGUUAAUGUAUUUUAAUGAAACAUUUCCCAGUUAACACCUGGCUGUUGGGAAGGGGAAAAAACCUCCAAGCCUCUUUGCAGACAAAGGUGUUGGAUCCAUCACAGUAUGAAGCUGCCAGAAAAACCAAAGCUCUUUGGCAUGAAAUGAUGUUUGACUUAACCAAGUUCACUUGUGUGUCUUAAAAUUGUAUGACAAUUAGUGUCUUAAAAUUUCAGAUAAAGUAAGAAAGAUAAUCCCCAUCACAUUUUGUAUAUAGGACUCAAUUUGGUGUUAACAGCUGACAC